CUCUCGCUUCUGUCGAAGCAGACUUGGUGUUAAGUCUUCCCCUCUUUCGUUUUUCAAUCAAAUCCCAAUUCUGAAACUGAAAGUCUUCGUUCCAAUCCGAAUCCGAACAAAAAAAACCCAUAAAUUUCACCGCUUUUGAUUCCAUCCCUUCUCUGCAACCCCACUUGUUUCCACCGCCUUAACUUCAAAUCUUUGUUUUUUUUUUAAUCCAAUUUUUUCUUCUUUGGAUUUCUCUUAAUAUUUUGUUUCUGGGUAUUUUUCCUUCCACGUUCCCAGCAAGUUUUUUUUAUUAAAGGUAUCAACUUGAGGGUGUUGAAACUCGGUCACAAUGGGAAGACACGUGUUACUGGCACUUAUGUUGUUGUCUCUGAUUGUGUUUGAUUCUUCUGAUGCUUCCUUUGUUUGGGAGCUUAGAAAGUUGGUUGCUUUGGAUCCAAAAGAUAACAAAACUCAAACAACACAGGAUUCUCCACCGCCAAAGGAUUCUCCACCGCCAAGUGAGAAGAAACCUGAUCCAAACCCUGUUGGUGAAACAAUAAAGAACAAAGAGAAUACACCUUCUACCAAUAAUGAUACUGUUUCCCCAGUUCCACCACAACCUUUGACCAAAGUGGAGAAUGGGACUGAUCAUCAAAAGGAGCCCAAUAAUACUGAUCCUCGUACUAGUGCACCUCCUGUAACCAAAAAAGAUGAUGGUGGCAAGAAUCAGGAAGAAGAGAAGAAAAAAAAUGGGUUAAUUGUUUCUCAAUCUAACACCAAUGAGACUUGUGACGGGCUGAAUAAAUGCACAGAUGAUGGGGACAUGCUUGCUUGCAUUUCCAAAUUUGAUCCCAAAUACUUGGUUGUUCUUCUUCAAAAUAGAGGAGAUGGCACCAUCAAAGUGAAGCUUCGUAAUGAAUUUGAAAGUAACCUUGGAGACGUAGAAGUUGGCAAAAAUAACACGGAAAAGGUCAAUAUCACACAAACUAGCAGGGAAAGUACCCAACUGACUUUAAAUGCUGGAAAAGGGGAUUGUGUUCUUCACACGGUUACUCGCAUACCCGAAGCGAAUUUUUUUCUGCGUCUUCCUUCUUAUGACAAAAUUUUAACACCAGUAAACGGUGCCUAUUUCCUCAUAGUGACAGUGGUAGUCUUUGGAGGGACAUGGGCUUGCUGCAUGUUCAGGAAGAAGCGGCAUGACGAGGUCCCAUAUCAAGAGCUUGAAAUGGGAUUGCCGGAGUCUGUUUCAGCUACCAAUGUGGAAUCAGCUGAAGGUUGGGAUCAGGGAUGGGAUGAUGAUUGGGAUGACAAUGUGGCGGUGAAGUCACCAUCAGUACAUGCAGGAAGUAUCUCAGCAAAUGGCCUUACUUCAAGAUCUUCAAACAAAGAUGGAUGGGAAAAUAACUGGGAUGAUUAGUUAUCAGAAGGGAAAAGAAACAAGGGAAUGGAUAUUAGCCUCAAAGUUGGAGGAGGUGGAAGCAGAAAGCAAGGUGAAAAAUCACAAUUGGGGGGAGAUUUAGAAGAAGGGAUAUGACAAAUGUUGCUGUGCUGGGGCUUAACUUGUGUGUCCCAGCAAGGGACAACUAAAAAGAAAAGAGAAAGUGUAAUAGUAUUAACACAUUGGAUUGUUGAUGUUGAACAUGUAAUAGUGAAUGCCCUAGCCCAAACGAGAGACAAAGGAAUCUGUAAAUGAAACAUAGGAGGUAAAUUAUAUUUUUGAGAUCAAAUCCAUAUAUACACUAUAUUCUUGUGACCCCAAAAAUGAAAACUUUGUUUUUAUUUGGCUACCUUGAGGAGGCUAUUCUCUCUUUGUAGAGGUGGUUGGGUG